AUGGAGAAGCCCCAUCCCCCAGACCCACUCGACUGCAUCAGAGGCAAGGACGGGGCGGGCGCGUCUCAUCGCCACGCCAGUCACGUCUGGGCCACCCGGCCGCCCGGCUCCUUCGGGCCCCCUCGCCCAGCCGGCCCUGCCGGGCGCCGAGCCCGGGCCGGAGUGGGUGCGCGCGGGCGAAGAUGGCCUACAUCCAGAAUCUCCGACCUGCUGCUCUGCCGCUGGACUUGCCGGCACUGCUGCCAGAAGUGCUACGAGUCCAGCUGCUGCCAGUCAAGCGAGGAUGAGGUGGAGAUCCUGGGGCCCUUCCCCGCCCAGACGCCCCCCUGGAUGAUAGCCAGCCGGAGCAGUGACAAGGAUGGAGAUUCGGUCCACACGGCCAGCGACGUCCCUCUGACCCCCCGGACCAACUCCCCCGACCGGAGGUCCUCGGACACCUCCAAAUCCACCUCCAGUCUGACCCGGAGGAUUUCCAACCUGGACUCCAGGGGCCCCAGCUCGCCCCUCAUCGACCUCAGGCCCGCGGAGCUCGGGCUGCCGAGCACCAGGAAGGAGGCGGUGCAGCCGUCGGUGCUGCGGCGGCCCUGCGCGCCCGGCGACGGCCUCCAGAAGCUGGAGCCGCGCCUCUACUCGUCCGCGCCGGGCGCCGCGGACGACGUGGACUUCCUGACGGACGAGGAGAUCCUGUCCAAGUUCCAGCUGGGCAUGCUGCACUUCAGCACGCAGUACGACCUGCUGCACAACCACCUGACGGUGCGCGUGAUCGAGGCGCGCGACCUGCCCGCGCCCGCCGCGCACUGCAACCCCUACGUGAAGGUGCGCCUGCUGCCCGACCAGAAGAACUCCAAGCAGACGGGCGUCAAGCGCAGGACGCAGCGGCCCGUCUUCGAGGAGCGCUACACCUUCGAGCUGCCCUUCCUGGAGGCGCAGCGCCGCACCCUGCUGCUGACCGUGCUGGGCUUCGACAAGUUCUCGCGCCACUGCGUAGUGGGCCAGGUGGCCGUGCCGCUCUGCGACGUGGACCUGGUCAGGGGCGGGCACUGGUGGAAGGCGCUCAUCCCCAGCUCGCAGAAUGAAGUGGAGCUGGGGGAGCUGCUGCUGUCUCUGAAUUACCUCCCCAGCGCUGGGAGGCUGAAUGUCGAUGUCAUUCGGGCCAAGCAGCUUCUGCAGACGGAUGUGAGCCAGGGUUCAGACCCCUUUGUGAAAAUACAGCUGGUCCAUGGACUCAAACUGGUGAAAACCAAGAAGACCUCCUUCUUAAGAGGAACAAUCGAUCCUUUCUACAACGAGUCCUUCAGCUUCAAAGUUCCCCAAGAAGAAUUGGAGAAUGCCAGCCUCGUGUUUACAGUGUUCGGCCACAACGUGAAGAGCAGCAAUGACUUCAUCGGCAGGGUGGUCAUCGGCCAGUACUCCUCGGGGCCCUCCGAGGCUAACCACUGGCGACGGAUGCUCAGCACCCACCGCACAGCUGUGGAGCAGUGGCAUAGCCUGCGGUCCCGGGCAGAGUGUGACCGUGUGUCCCCUGCCUCGCUGGAAGUGACCUGACCGCUAACGUUUGCUUGUAAGCAAAAAGGAAGACAUUGUGAGGGGGGAAAAA